CGUCGUGAACUGGCCAGCAUUCCCGGCCCUCAUCACGGAAACGAGGACGCGGAGACACGCGGGCACGGCCCCUGUCGGGCGCAAAUAGCGAACAGGCUAGUCUUUUAGUGCGCUACUGAUGCAGCAGGACUGGGGACCGUGGAGAGAGGAGUGCCCGCCCACUGUGGGGGUGUGAGCGUGACUUCUCGUGUGAGCCGUGACUCGAGCUGCCGCGGGCUGGCGAGCGCCAUGGCGGGUCGGUGGGCGGUGCUGCUCGCGCUGCUGGUGGCGUGCGGCGGUGCCCGCGCCGUGGGGGCGGGGGGCGCGAGCUGGCUGGGCGGGCUGAGCCGGGCGUCGUUCCCCAAGGGGUUCGUCUUCGGGACGGCCACGUCGGCGUACCAGGUCGAGGGCAUGGCGUCCUCCGGCGGCCGCGGGCCCUCCAUCUGGGACGCAUUCGCGCAUACCCCAGGAAAUAUUGUAGGGAAUCAAAAUGGAGAUGUUGCAGUGGAUCAAUACCAUCGCUACAAGGAAGAUGUUGAUCUCAUGAAAAGGUUGAAUUUUGAUGCCUACCGGUUUUCAAUCUCAUGGUCCAGGAUCUUCCCAGAUGGCGAGGGAAGAGUCAAUCAAGAAGGUGUAGCGUACUACAAUAACUUGAUAAAUUACCUGCUUCAGAAAGGCAUUACUCCUUAUGUCAAUCUUUACCACUACGAUCUUCCUCUUGCGCUUGAGAAGAAAUAUGGAGGCUGGUUAAGCACAAAGAUGGCGGAACUGUUUACAGACUACGCUGACUUCUGUUUUAAGACUUUUGGCAAUCGUGUAAAGCACUGGUUUACAUUCAAUGAACCAAGGAUAGUGGCUCUACUUGGUUAUGACGUAGGGUCAAAUCCUCCUCAAAGGUGCACCAAAUGCGCUGCUGGUGGGAACUCCGCGACAGAACCUUAUAUUGUUGCUCAUAAUUUUCUCUUGUCACAUGCUGCUGCAGUUGCAAGAUACCGCAAUAAGUAUCAGGCUGCUCAAAAAGGAAAGGUUGGAAUAGUUCUAGACUUCAAUUGGUAUGAAGCUCUUUCAAACUCACCUGAAGACCAAGCAGCGGCUCAAAGAGCCAGGGACUUCCAUAUUGGUUGGUUUGUUGAUCCAUUAAUAAAUGGGCAUUAUCCACAGAUAAUGCAAGAUCUUGUGAAAGAGAGGCUGCCCAGGUUCACUCCUGAGCAAGCUAAAUUGGUCAAGGGCUCAGCAGACUAUAUUGGGAUUAAUCAAUACACAGCUAGCUACAUGAAGGGGCAGAAAUUGCUCCAGCAGACACCGAGUAGCUACUCAAACGAUUGGCAGGUUCAAUAUGUUUUUGCACGAAAUGGCAAGCCAAUUGGGCCACAGGCGAAUUCUAAUUGGCUUUACAUAGUCCCGACGGGGAUGUAUGGUUGUGUGAACUACCUCAAGCAGAAGUAUGGAAAUCCAACAGUCUACAUAACUGAGAACGGAAUGGAUCAACCUGGAAACCUGACCCGCGACCAGUACUUGCGUGAUGCCACAAGGGUGCGGUUCUACAGAAGCUACCUCACCGAGCUGAAAAAAGCCAUCGAUCAAGGCGCAAACGUGGCUGGCUACUUCGCAUGGUCUCUCCUUGACAACUUUGAGUGGCUGUCAGGCUACACGUCCAAGUUUGGCAUCGUCUAUGUCGACUUCAACACGCUCGAACGGCACCCGAAGGCGUCGGCCUACUGGUUCAGAGAUUUGCUGCAGAAACACUGAGACUCUGAGACCAACCUGAAGCUACCAUUUUGUUCAGUUUUCCAAUUUGCCUAGUGUUCGGAUGGCACGACGAUUCAGUGCCAAUUCCGUGCUAGGCUAUGGAAGUGGGAAUAAAAGAUGAUAAUCAGACACUCCGGUUAAUUGUGCAUUCCAUGUUGUUAUCAAUGAAGUUAUCAGUAUGUUUCAUGAUGUUAUCAGUAUGUUUCAAUGAAGUUUGAUAUGAUAUUAAUUGAACAUGUUUGAAGUGCUUGA